UCUCACCCAUCUUUUUCCCACUUGUACUCCUUCCCCACCUAAUGGCCUGAAAUGUUAACUGAUAUUAAUUUCCAUAGAUGCUGCCUGACCAGUUGAGUAUCUCCAGAAUUUUGUGCAUGUUACUCUGGAUUUUCAGCAUCUAGAUCCUCUUGUGUUUACUAUUCCAUGCGGACUUGGUGAUUGGAUCUUUGAGUGAUACCAGGUUAACUGCAAUAGUACAGUGUCUCACAGCUCCAUUGACCUGACUUCAAUCUAGACCAGAGGGGAUAACUUCACUCAUCUAUUUGCACAACUAUGGACUCACUUUCAAAGACUCUUCAUCUCAUGUUCUCUAUUUAUUAUUUUAUUUUCAUAUUUGCAGUUUGUUAUCUUUUGCAGAUUGGUUAUUUGUCCAUCCUGUGUGCACCCUUUCACUGACUGUAUUUCUUUAUUUAUUGAGAUACAGCGCAGAAUAGGCACUUUCUGCUCUUUAAGCCAUGCUGCCCAGCAACCCCCAAUUUAACCCUAGCCCGACAAUUUACAAUGACCAAUUAACCUACCAACCAGUACGCCUUUGGACUGUGGGAGGAAACUGGAGCACCUAGAGGAAACCCUUGCAGUCAUGCUCCUUACAAGCAGUGAUGGGAAUUGAAGCCGGCUCACCUGUACAGGUGAAGCACCUGUAGUAGGCUGCCCUAUUGUGUUUUGAUGUACUUACUGUGAUUGACAAUGAAUCUCUGGGUAGUAUAUGGUGAUAUAUGUACCUGGAUAAUAAAUUUACUUUGACCUUGGUUACUGUCUACAUAGAGUUUGCAUAUUUUCCAGUGACUGGAUUCCUUCUGUCUACUAUGACUUCCUCCAACAUCUCAAUUACUUGCAGGUUGUAAUAGAGUUCUCUAGAUUUACUCAAGCAUAUAGGUGAUUAUUAGAAUUUGGUAGUAAUUGAUCAGAGUGAGGAGAAAGAAAUUUGAUUAGUACAGGAUUAAUGUAAACGGCUACUUGAUGCACUUGCACAAACAGUAGGCCAAACAACUUGUUUCUAUGCUAUAUGAUUCUAUGCUAGAUAUUACCAUAACUUCUAUUCCCUUUUAUCCAACAUCUAAAAUCUAGGCAUCUAAAUUAAAAGAUCCAUUUUGUAGCUCAAUCAUGGCUCUGCCUUUUUAAGAUUAGUUUUAACCUGUAAUUCUAUCUAUCUUUUGGCUAGCCGUGAAUAACUUGUAAGAUUCUUGUCUAUUCUUCUUGUCUCUUUACACAAAACUUCCCUUGCACAUCAACAAUGUGAUACAAACAGAAUGUACUUUGCUUCAACUUCCUAUUAUAUUUUAAACAUUAUCUUUGUCAUUUAAAAAGCAUGAUUCCUUGUUGGGAAAACUGCUUUCUUUAUAUAUCCGAAUUUUAGGCUUACCUUGUGCUAUUGCACAUUACUUAAAAGUUCUACGCACAUACAAAUAAUUCCGGUGUGUGCAUGACCGUUUAGUGUUGAACUGGCAAGACGAACUUUUCCCAAUUCUGACCAAACGUUACAACCCUGACACGUUAACACUUUUUUUUCUCUCUACACAAAUACUAUCUGAUCUGCGGAGAACUUCUAGUAUUUGCUUUAUUUAUAUCUACAGUAUUUUGUACUGUUGCUUGAGCUUAUGUAUUCUGAACGGUUGUGUUUAUCCCAACCUCUGAAAGGCCAAGUCUACUUGGACUGACAUCUGUAGAAAAGACCCGCUGUGCUGAACAUUUGGUCUAAGACUGUGAUUGACAGGAAAAUUACGCAUCGUCUCCUAAAUCCCAUUAUGACGCAAGAUCCACCGUCAAUAAACCAGCUGCGGCUCUGAUGAAUGUCUGUUCCGAAUCGCGGGCGCCACAAAGGAACCCGCCCCCUCUCUGCGCUGAUUGACUGGUCUUCGAGACCCAGCCUCUGUUAGUAAAUAGUUGCCGGGUACAAAAGCCCCGCCUCCUUUCAGACUGAGGGAGUGAGGGAAAGAGGCGGUAGUGUAGGGAGUGGAUUGGUCAUGUGUCCUGCCAAUCAUAAGAAUUCCGUGAUUUUUUUAAACCUCGCCCCCCCUCCCCCCAAUCCACUAUUGUCCGUGACGCGCGAUGGUCCAGCCCGGGACCGAGCAAAUUAAUGAAGUCAUGCGGUCAGUGUAGAACCGAAGGAAAAUUUGGCUGUGGGUAUUGGUUUCCUGCACACUCUCCAAAAAGAUACACCACCAGCCAAGCGAUGUCAUUGCUUCUCAGCUCGGCGCUGAGGGGCGGCCGGCCUGCAGCUGCGAGGAGUUGGCUCCUGUGGCCGUCUCGCCGUUAGGAAUGGAGAGCGGGAUUCCGCCGACCUUCCAGCUGCUGUUCCGCGCGUGCGAAGAAGGAAACUUUGAGAACGCCCGGCGGUUGCUUGAGCCAGCCGAGGAGGAGAGAGCGGAGGCGGGCGAGGAGCCGGAUCUCAGGGCUCCGCAGGUGCCGGUGGACUGCACAGAUGACGACGGCAACUCGGCCCUGCAGUUCGCGGCCGGCAACGGCCACGAGCAUCUAGUACGGUUCCUGCUCAUGAAGGGGGCCUCGGUGGACAGCCGCAACCGCUACGGCUGGACGCCUCUCAUGCAGGCGGCCCGCUUCGGCCACCUGAACGUGGCUAAUGUGCUGCUGGAGAAUGGCGCGGACGCCAAUGCGGCCAAUAAGCUGGGCGUCAGCGUGCUAACGGGCGCGGCGCGGGGAGGCCACGUCGGACUGGCGCGCGCCCUGCUCGAAAGCGGCGCCCGCGUGGACGUCGGCGGUGACGUCAGCGUCGGGCCUCCGAGCUGGGUGGAGGAACGGACGAUCGGCCGGACGACCGGAGACUUGACUGCCCUGAUGGUGGCGGCGCAGCACGGCCACGACGCCGUGGUCCGCGUACUGUUGGAGUGGGGCUCCGUAGCGGGACAAACGGGCCACACCAGCGGCUGGAGUGCUCUCAUGUUGGCGGCACUCAAUGGUCAGCUGGGCGUGGCCCAGCAGCUGAUCGAGAGGGGGGCGGACCCCAAUCAAACCAACGCGGGAGGCGUAACUGCGUUUGAAAUCGCCUGCGCUGCUAAACAGAGGGAGAUGAGGAAUUAUCUCGAUUCAAAGACCAGUAACAGACCCAAGUCAGAUGAACAGAAAAGGAGACCUGAUAUAUUUCAUGCACUGAAAAUGGGAAGCUAUCAGUUGGUGAAGGAGAUUCUUGAUGAAGAUGCAAGUCAAGCCAAUGUUGUUAAUGCAGAUGGUGCCUCUCCAUUAAUGAUUGCUGCCAUGACAGGUCAGCUGGAACUUGUACAACUUCUUAGUGAAAGGAACUCUGAUAUUGACAAGCAAGAUGGUGUACAUGGCUGGACAGCCUUAAUGCAAGCUACUUAUCAUGGGAGCAAGGAUGUUGUGAAGUAUUUAUUGAAUCAAGGAGCAGAUGUCAAUCUCUGUGCCAAGAAUGGUGUAACUGCCUUCGAUCUUGUAAUGCUGCUAAAUGAUCCAGAUACAGAACUUGUGCGGCUUCUGGCAUCUGUCUGCAUGCAAGUAGAUAAAGAGAGAAAUAAGCCAAAAUCUAAGACGGUACCUCGCUCAAAAAGUAAACUGUCCUUAAACUUCCCUGUACCUCCAGAAGACAAGGGGGGAUUAAAGUCUUGGUGGAAUAGAAUGUCCAACAGAUUCCGUAAAUUGAAACUGACUAGGACACUUAGACAAGGCUUUUCUUCAAAUCGGCUUGCCCCUUUCUUUGAUGAACCUGAAAUUGGACUGGAUUCUACAAUGAAAGCCAACCCAAAGGAUGAGUCAAACAAUUCAGCCUUGACAUCUGUGGGUAAUAUAGAUUUCUCUAUGGCUUGGACAUCAAAAAGCAAGAACAGUGGACAUGACCAUAUUUGUACAGAGAAAGAUGACAUGCUUCUUACAACUAUGUUAAGAAAUGGUGCACCUUUUACUCGUCUUCCCAGCGACAAGCUAAAAGCAGUUAUUCCUCCAUUUUUGCCUCCAUCGAACUUUGAAGUGUGGAGCUCAGAUAGAAUACGAAUGAACAAAGAUGGCAAAAUGGAGCAUACAACGUUAUCUAUGCCUCACAGGUUUGCAAAGCCCAACUUCAACAGCAGUGGAAAUUCUGACGUCACUUCUGUCAGCAGGAUGGGAAAAUCUGUUAAACUUCCUCCUAUUCCAAAUCUUCCCAGGAGCCCGACUUCUCAGAACUUGGGACAUUUCAAUUAUUCUCCACAUUCCUCUGGUGGAUCCAAUGGAGUAGCUGGCAUCAGUCGACAUUGCAUCAAUGAAUCUCAUAACCGCUCAGGGGGUAGUUCGGAUAGUGUCUUGUCACAAAUUGCCGCCCAGAGACGGAAAGCAGCAGGUUUGCCAGAAUUGAAAAUGACCAGGCCUGAGAUUUUGCCUCAACUAAGCCUUGUUGAAACCAGCCAUCCUGAGCUGCCAGUCUCGCCAACUGUGGACAAUUGCAUUGUACAGAAAUGUAGCCAACAACGUCCAUCUUCUGGUACUUCAUCUAAUUCCAAGAGCACCUCUCCUACCCUGACUCCAUCACCAUCUCCCACACCUAAAAGUCCCCAAGGAGAAUCUUCAUUGUCCUCAUCUUCACAUCAGCAAACUAAGAGCAGUGGCGGAUCCAGUAGUGGAACCCUCACAGAUGAAGAUGAAUUAUCCAGUAUUUUAAAAAAGCUGUCACUUGAAAAAUAUCAACCCAUAUUUGAGGAACAAGAGGUGGAUAUGGAAGCAUUCCUUACGCUAACUGAUGGUGAUUUGAAAGAGCUGGGUGUGAAGACAGAUGGUUCAAGGCAACAGAUCUUAGCAGCAAUCUCAGAGUUAAAUGCUGGAAAGGGACGUGAAAGGCAGAUUCUGCAGGAGACGAUCCACAACUUUCAUUCUUCUUUUGGGAGCAGUGCAAGCAAUUCUCGUCAACUUAAUUUUCAACACUCUCCCAUUGCUUGGAUUAGUAGACCAAUGGCAUCAUCAGAUAAAAGAUUAACUUGAAUUGGCACACAAUUAAGGAGGGAAUUUGAAAAGAUCCUACAAAAGCUGACUAAAACCUCGAGCUUCCUGCACACAUCCUCUAUGGUAUCUGAAGUUGUACGUGACUUUCAGGUCUCAAACAGUUGUCAGUAUAACAAGGAACCACUGAAUGAUGAAUUCUUGCCAUACCCUCUGAAAGGAUGAAGAUACGUCAUCUGUGCAAUCCUGCCUCAUUUUAGUGUUGCAUUUUUAAUGCAUCUAAUUAUGAAAGAUGUCUUUCAAAAUUUGCAUACAAUAAUUUUGCAUUGCAAUAGUGAUUUGCAGUGACUGUAUCAACUUGCAUAACAAUGUAUUACACUAAUUACUGCAAAUAACUGUUGAGUGAUCAUGUCUUAGAUGAAGUUGUUUAUUUAUGCUUGUGAUUUUUCUGAAAUCGCUCCAAGGUGUUUAUUACCACAAUAGAAAAAAGUAUGUUAUCAUGAUGUAUUCUUCAUUUACAAAAUUUUGAACCCAACUUGGUGACGAGGGAUACUCUAAGAGACUAUCUUCAGCUUCAGUUGGCAUGCCAGCAUUCUUUUACAGUUAUGGUAACUGAAGUACUUCUAUUUGAGCAGGAAUUAUUGGUAUUAAUGCAUCUUUAAACCAAAUAGAAACUGAUAAUCUGCUGUGAUUAAACAUGGAACAGUAUAGGCCUUCAGCCUACGAUUUGGCUUCCACGGCAAUAAAUUCCACAGGUUCACCAUCCUCUGGCUAAAGAAAAUUCUCAUCUGUUGUAAAUGGUCUUAGUAUUGAGGCUGUGCCCUCUGGUCCUGGACACACCACUAAGGGAAACAUCCUCGGUAUCCUCUAUCUAGGCCUUUCAGGUUUCCAUUAGAUUCCUCAGAUUCUUUUAAACUCCAGUGAGUAUAGGUUCAGAGCCAUCAAAUGCUCUGCCCUUUCAUUCCUGGAAUCAUUACCUGGACCCUCUCUAAUGCCAGCACAUCCUUUCUUAGAUGAGGGCCCAAAACUGCUCACAGCAUCACAUCCUUGCUCUUAUAUUUGUGUCCUCUCGAAAUGACUGGCAAAUAUCAUUUACCUUCCUUACCACUGACUGAACCUGCAAGUUAAUGUUUAGGAAAUCCUGCACCACUGCCACAACAUUUACUGGUCUUUAAUAGUGGUGAUUAUCUCUCACCUUUCUUCAACAAAGAAAUAACAUUUGCCACCCUCCGAUCUUCUGGUAUUAAUCAGAAAUCCCGACUAUUUGCCUGAUGAUCCAUAUCUUGUGGUUCCACAAUUGCUUGGGCCCUGUUUUUAGUCUUCUCUGAAACAUCAACUGUUUAUUUAUUUGCAUAGAUACUGCCUGACCUGUGCAUUCCUCUAGAAUUGUGUUGUUCCUGUAUCCAUUUUAAAUUGACAAAGUUCAGUGUAACUUAGGAAGUCUACUAAUGUCCUGAUUAUGUCAGAUGAUUGAUUGUGCCAUACUAUUUGAAAUUUGUGCACAGAUAUUGUCAAAUAGGGUUGCACUUUUAAACUUUAACUAGGAACUGCAUUUUAUUAAAGGGUGUGUGUUCCUGCAUUAAAACAAUUUGAGCAGGAAAUGUUUUAAACAUUAUCUUGGAUACAGUUGAGUAUGAUUAACUUAGUAGCAGUAGUUUUUGAAAUAGGGUUUGAGAGGGGGAAAAACAAGCAGUUUUCCUGGAGCUGCUGUCUACACUUUGUCUCUGGUAGCAAUUAUGCAGCCAUAUUCAUGAGUUUCUCCUUUGGAGGUAGAGAAGGAACACUAAAGUAGCUGGUUUGAUCUGCUAAUGAAAUGCUCAUUUAGUUGAUUAUAUAAGCUCCUCCAUGACCAGCCAACUGCACAAAUCAAUGUCAAGAAUCACUUUUUCAUUUGUAAAAUUCAAAUAAACCUAUGAAAAUUAAUUGUCUUGUUUUUGAUGUCAUUAGCAACUACAUACACACUGGUAUCAAGACCCUUUAUUAUUGGGUAACUAGCUAAAAACAGCUGAGCAC